AUGGAGAGCCGAGUGCAAGAACUACUGGCUGAACUCGAGAAAGAGAGACGACUACGAGAAGAAGAGAGAACAUUGCGGGAAAUCGCCGAAACGCAGUCGGAAAAGGAAAAGCAGCUUCGACAGGAGGAGCGGCGACGACGUGAAGAAGCGGAAGCAAAUUCGAAAGCGCUGGUGGAAAAGGAAAGACAACUCCGCCAGGAGGAGCGGCGACAACGUGAAGAAGCGGAAGCAAAUUCAAAGCCUACAACAUUGCCACAAUUCCUUCACGCCUGUCAUGAGCUUUUGCUCGCAAUCCGCAUCGUGACAAACCCUACAAGAACAACCAAGGGUGCUGUAACAAAGCCAGCUAAUCGGAGGGUUCCUUCACGCAUCACAUUAUGGGACACCUUCGUUGACGAGCAGAUGAUAGUGUGGGAGAGACUCAAUGAUAAUCCAUCAUUUUUGACUGAAAAACUGUUUCCAUCGAAACAUCAGCUUGAGUAUAUCCGCCAGCUCAUCACCCCGAUCACCUCAGAAUGGGAUCUCCGAUACUUCGAACGAGACACCGUGGAAAAUCAGGUUCGCAUCAUAGUCGACCGAAUCACGGAAAAUGAGGUUCUCAGGGAGGCACUUGGGCUACGAGGUUCCGUCACCUUUGAAAGCCAUACAAAUAUGGGGCAUCCAGAGGAGAAUUCGCUGAGUGAAGGGGUUAGGCAAAUGUCCAUCAGCCCUGCAAUAGAAACCAGAUCAUCAACCAAAGGUAUAGGCAAAAGUCAGAAGAGAAAGGAGGAGCCUAAUUCAGGUACAGGAGGGCAGGCAGAUCGAUUCUGUAUCUACCGACAGGAGGGUGAUGAACACAUCCCUGCGAUCGCCAUCGAAUAUAAAGCGCCUCACAAACUCACGCAGGCUGACAUGGCCACAGGGCUGACCAAAGAGAUCCGUCCCGCCCAGGAUGUUAUUGGUCAGGACUCCGAUGAUGUUGAAUUCUGCUGUAGGCGGCUCGUUGCUGCAGUCACAACUCAGCUUUUCUCUUACAUGGUCCGCAAAGGGGUGCGUUACGGCUACGUAUGCACUGGAGAAGCCUUCAUCUUUGUUUACAUCCCAGAUGAUCCAUCUUCAGUUCAGUGUGCGCUUUGCAGACCAGAACUGGAUGUCAAGGCGACUGGUGAGGAUGAGCUACGGUUGACAGCCACCGCGCAGGUUUUGGCGUUCACAAUCAGAGCAUUGACCUCACCAGCAGUAUCCCAGGAGUGGCAUGAUGCUGCUGGGAGGCUUGAUGUUUGGCCAGUGGAGUAUUCUGAAAUACUGGAGCAGACUCCACCCACUGCUCGCCCAAAACAUGCAUCCCCUCUGUACCGUGGCAGACGACCCCGUAACCUUCCUCCCUUCGGGAUGACGCUGCGAUACGGAUGCCGGCCCUCUGAAGACAAACGCCGAUCGAUGAGCUCCCACUCACCGUCUCCUCCUCCAUCUCCUCCUCUUACACCGUCGCAAUUUGGCAUUCGUGGUCGAACACAAAGGGGAGGGUCUGGGUCAGCUGCAAAGUCGCGAGGCGCGCCAGGACGCGGGGAAGUCAGUGGCACCCAGCGGACGUCCAAUGUCAUUGAAACACCGGCCAUCAAGACCCACCCAUACUGCUCCCAGCAAUGUCUCCUUGCGCUCAGGGAUGGUAGCCCUCUUGAUCCAUUGUGCCCCAACUACCAGGAUCACCAGAAGGGCCGGAUCCAGAUACAUGGCUUCCGUGCUGGUAUCCGGAAGCAGCUUGCCACGGAUCGUGGCCCAGACGCUGACUGCCGUCCUCUCUACAAGGCAGGUAGUUGUGGAGCACUGUUCAAAGUCCGGCUCUCAUCGCAUGGAUACACUGUGGUCGCUAAGGGUGUGGAAUACAAGCAUGUGCAUAAGCUCAAAUAUGAAAAGAAGAUCUACGAUGAGCUCCGAGAUCUCCAGGGCGAAUGUAUUCCAGUUUGUUUGGGUGUCGUCCAACUGGCGUUGAAGUAUCCCUAUUACUAUGAUGGCGGAAUCUACACGCACAUGUUAUUUUUGAGCUGGGCGGGAGAAGCAAUCCAAAAAGCUAGCACACUCGGCCAUACCGCAGAUGUGUUCUCCAUGGUACACUGUGCCCUCCAAGCCAUCCACUCAAAAGGAGUUCUCCAUGGCGACGCGGAGCCGCGAAAUAUACUUUGGAACCCGACCUGCCAACGUGUGAUGAUAGUUGAUUUUGAACGAGCGAUUAUACGGGGUGCUCUGUCAGACGUGUCUGCUAACUCAGCCAGAGAGAAGAGGAGACUGAUGAAGACUUGUUUCAGCAAAGAGCUCCAACGAAUCGCGAGCGUGUUUGAGGACAAUGUCGCAUAG